CGGCGGGGCACUCCUCAGCAAGAUGGCUGCAUUGCUGCGCGCAAUAGUGGCAUCCUGGUGAAAUGACGCAAGCCACAGUUUAGGCUCAGUCCUCCAGGCGCUCGCCUCUCCAGUCUCCAUAGCGCAGAUCCCGCCCGACACACAGCCGGAAGACCGAGCCGGCGAUCCCCCCCAGUGGACCGAGCCGAACCGGUUCGUCUGAGUAAGCCAGGUGAGAGUGCCAUGAGGAGAGGCUUCAGCGCGUGAGGCCAUGGGCUGCACCUCGGCCAAGCAGGUGUCGGCCGUGCCCAACGAUGAGGAGGCACGCGGCAAGGCCUACAGCAACGGAGACCUCUUCACCGAUGAAUACAAGAUGAAGGGAGUGGAGGAGGUGAAGUACAUGAGAGGGGAGGAAAACCGAGUGAAUGCACGCAACCAGGAGAACCUGGAGAAGAGUAAUGUGCAGUACAGAGGCAAACAGCAAAAAGAAGUCGCUGCCGCAAACAUCAAGUCGAAUAUUCACACGUCGGAAAGCCAGCAGGAAUUUUUCAGGAUGCUGGACGAGAAGAUUGAGAAGGGGCGAGACUACUGUUCGGAGGAAGAGGAGGAAGAUGGGACAUAGCACAGAGGCCCCCGGACUUCACCCCCCACAGAGAGCCUCGCCGUGUGUGUGUGUGUGUGUGUGUGUGUGUGUGUGUGAGUGUGUGUGUGUGUGCGUGUAAAGGCAUACUUCUGUGUGUGUGAGCGCAUUAGAGAGCACGCUGAAUCAGUGUUUUAUCAAUAGGGCGUUUAUGUGACAGGACAGCGUAUGUGUUUGCGUGAGCAUGUGUGCGUUUGGUGAACAUACGGCAAAGAUAGUAUUUUAAUCACAAGGGACAGAGUGGGGGAUAAACGGAGAGAACGGCAUAGAGAAGCCUUUCUGCAGAGACCCUCCUCUCAGCGCCUCUCCCCUCCAGGCCUCUGGGCGGACAGACGGAGGUGAUGGAGCGAUGAAGGGACAGACAGAUGAAAGGAGGGAGGGAUGAAGGAGGACGUGGUGACGGAUGGACACACAUCGUCACACAGAGCCAGGAGGGAGAGAGAGAGGGAGCGGCCGUAGUCGGGCAAACAGCUAUUUCUGUGAGUGUGACAGCAGCAACUCCUCGACCUUCCAUAUGUCCCUCCACGUCUGUUCCACUGCCCCUUCGGGGUCCGAUCCUCAAUAUUUAACCCUUUUAUCGGACAAAGAAACAUUCGGCCGUGUGCAGGACUGAGAGGCACACAGGUGGAGGGGCUCAACGCUCGGGGAGGAGAAGACGCUGAAGGCAGAGUCAUGUGACGCCACCGGGCUCCACACUGAACUCUGGGCCACGAGGACCUGAGAGAAUGGAUGAGGGAGUGCGACGAAAACUUUGGAAUAUUUUAAUAGUGCGAGAUUAGGGAGCAAGCUUGUGAUUCAGAAGCUCAAAACUCCUCCUGCCUUCUGACGUCAAGGACCUUGUUUUUUUUUUUUUAUGUUCUUCCUCCGCUACCUGUUCUGUUAUUUUCCCCUUUUGUAAUGUUUGUUUUACUCUCGGCUUUCUCGGUUAUGCAUCAUCUUCGACAUGCUCGUCCCCAUCACCACUGCAGGCAGACUACAGCCGCGUUAAUCAGUAUCUGUGUCUCAAACCAAUACAUCCUCCUCCUCCUCCUCCGAGCACCAUCACGCAGCAGACACGCACACACAACGCAGCCCAACACAAACCUCUGCCAACCUUUGUUUCCCGCACACACACAGUCACAGUGUUGUGUCCCUUUCAUUUCACCAGCAUUAAUCAGAGGGAUUCUGUGCAGCUCUUCUUCCGCUUUGUUUUAAUGUUCAAACACACACGUGCGCCUGCACACACACACACACACACAUACACACGCACCUUCGGGCACUGAGGCAGCAGCAAACCAGGUUGAGCUUAAGGGGAGGAUGCGUGGUUGCCAUGGAGACACAGACCUGAUCACAUUAUUUUGUUUUCACCUUUACUGGAUACUUCCUGUUGUAUUAUUUUGAAUACUUUUUUUUCUAUUAAAAAUAAAAAUGCAGAAGCUCUUCA